AUGCCAGCCCCAGAGGAGAUGAACAGGAAAGAUGGUACCUAUAAACCUAGGAAGGAAGAAACAAUGAGAGCCAAGCCCCACGCAGGACAGCUGGGCACUCUCUACCUGCCAGAAGCUAGCCAGCAGGGGGUUUCUGCUGGUUCAUUAAAGCGCUGCUUCUGCCCCACGGCUGCGCUGCAGGCUUCUCAGAGCUCCCUGACUGUCUGCGCAGGUCACAUGCGCUUGGCAAACAGCAUACUAAACCGACUCAACACUAAAGUUGAACUGAACAUAAUUUAUUCUUUUUCUAGGAUGUGA